AUGACUACAAAUCCACUCACCAAGUCCAUCACUGUUGUACAAAAGCAUCCAGGGGCUGCAAGCCUUCAUUCAUUACGAACGUCUCAUCAGCUACCCCACCGCAGUAAAUCUAAGGGAAAAUCAAAUUGGUGUAAAUCGGCAUGCUCUCAUCUCUUCUCGAUCAAAUUUUGUUUGUCCCUUAUUAUCAUUCUGCUUGUACUCCUCUCAACCAUUUCGAUUUUCGUUUCAACUUUUAUUUUGCAAGGCCAGGCUAUUGAAAAGUCAAGUCUUGUACUAGGAGAGCAAACCAUGUUGAGAACGUAUGAAUCCAAAGAUAAUUAUUGGUUUGGAGUCUCCAGAAGCAUUAAUGAGACCACAGGGUUAAGAUAUUAUUUUAUUGAAGUCUUUCGAAAUAAUUGGUAUUAUGGAAUCUUUCCUCUGUCCAACAAUUUUAGCUAUUCCUUGAAAUUUGACACACCCAUUCAACAAUUUUCUUUGGACAGCUUUGAAUGGUGGUCAGACUCUCAACAGGCAAAGAAGAAUGUGUUUAGUGAGCUAUAUGCCACUAAUCAAGAUUCAGUAUGGAUUUCUGCUUACUACAGUGUCAUGUUAAAUUCUACAAAUCUGGAUUAUGUGAUUACCACGGAUCUCACAGUGCAAGACAUUAACACGUAUUUGAGGUCAAUAACAAUUAGUCCAAACUCAAGAAUAUACCUCGUCUCUUCAAUAACCUCUGAAAUGGUCGCAUGUUCAAGUCAAAACGAAACCUUAUAUGUAUUUGAUCGAAGUUAUGCUCAUAAAUUACAACGAAAAGAGCUGAGUGAAAGUACAGUUCCAGAUGUUUCACUGGUGGGAAAACUUAUAAAAAAGAAAUACGGAUCAAAUCUCAAGAACGUGGCAAACUCUGAAAUCAACAAGUAUACGGUUGGAGACAAUACGUAUCUUGUCUUGAUGAAUGAAGUUGAAGAUACUCAUAACUUGAACUGGAAGAUAGUAAUCAUGAUGUCUGUUGAUGAUUUUAUGGAUCCUGUAACAAAAUUCAGAAACAUCACUCUCAUUGUGGACGGUAUCGUGCUUGUUUUAUCUUUGGUCAUUGCGGUUUUAGUAAGCAUUACUAUUACUACUCCCCUCCAUAAACUUGGUUACGACAUGCAAGAGAUUGCUCAGUUAAAUGAAACAGAACCAAGGAAAAAGAAUCCUAUCGUGUUUCAUGAAGUGAAGAAGUUGCAGCAUCAUUUCGAGAAAAUGGCGAGUGCAGUUCAAGCUUUUAUGAAAUACAUACCCAAGGAAAUUGUGAAAGGAUUUAUCAUUGAGGACAAUCAAUCAUAUUUUGAACUUGGAGUGACUCAGCAGCAUAUAGGAAUUCUCUUCUCAGAUAUUAAGAAUUUUACAACUAUUUGCGAAGGCUCAGACCCAAGGUCGUUGAUAAGUAUGUUAGGAAGAUAUUUCGAAAUCACAUCAGGAGUGGUUUACACAAACGGAGGUGUACUUGAUAAGUAUAUUGGUGACUCACUGAUGGCCUUAUUUGGUGCCCCUAAUACCUUUGAAAAUUACGUUUUUCAUUGUUGCAACGCUGCAUUUGAAAUGCAAGGAGCACUAGCUCCAUUCAAUGAGCAAUUGGAAAAGGAAGGAAAGCCUACGUUGUAUACUCGUGUGGGUUGUUCUUGUGGAAAUGUGUUAAUUGGAAAUAUUGGUAGCUCGUACCGAUACUCGUACACUUGUUUAGGUGAUCAUGUAAAUCUAGCUUCAAGAUUAGAAGGCCUUAAUAAGCAAUAUGGUACCAACAUAAUGGUCUCUGAUGCUUGCCACGAGCUCGUAAAAUAUAAUUUCUUAUUCAGAAUGCUUGAUGUUGUGGCAGUCAAGGGUAAAACACAGGGAGUCAAGGUUUUUGAAAUAGUUGAUCGAAAAUGUUUUCCUGGAUCUACAGAGGAACAGCAUGUAGAUCCCAAAAAAGUGGAAUAUUGUGAAAUGUACAACACCAUCAUUGAAGAAUACUAUCUCAAGAAGCAAUUCGCUGUUGCAGAAAAAGAACUUGAGCGAUAUCUCGAGAAAUAUCCAAACGAUUAUGCAGCAAUAGUCAUGCUGGAGAGAUGUAAUUUGUAUUUAAAGUCUCCUCCUCCAGAAUCAUGGAAUGGAGUUUAUGUGGCCACUGAAAAGUAA